AUGAUUGACCAACCCGUCAAACAAAUCCUGCAUCGACUAGAGACAUCUGGGAGACUUCAGAAAUGGGCAAUUGAAAUAAGUGAACUUGACAUUGAAUUUAAGCCUAGGAUGGCCAUCAAAGCACAAACUCUGGUAGACUUCAUUGCUGAGCUCACCAUUCCAACGGAGCCCUCGAAGGGGAAAAAGGCAGACUGGAAGGUUUUUGUAGAUGGUUCCUCAAACGCAGAAGGAUCAGGAGCAGGGAUCAUAUUAAUUGGACCAGACUCCGAAGAAUUGGAAUACUCACUGCACUUCGAGUUCCCCGCUACUAAUAAUGACGCCGAAUAUGAAGCAGUAAUCAAAAGCUUCGGCCUAGCAGCUAGGCUGGGGGUAUCUUUAGUAGAGGUUUGUUGUGACUCACAGUUGAUAGUCGGGCAAGUGUCAGGGGAGUAUGAGGCGAAAGAUGGAAGGAUGGCAGCAUACCUGAUGAAAGUAAGAGAUCUGCAAAGAGGGCUUGCGAGCUUCAAGAUAACGAAGGUCCCACGAAAGAAUAACCAGCGGGCAGACGCACUGAAAAAGCUCGUGUCGGCCAACCCAAAAAACUUACCCCGGACAGCUAACGUACAAGUCCUACAACAACCUAGCAUCCACUGCUGGGCUGAGGUGAAAAACGUUGAGUACGAAGAAAGCUGGAUGGAUCCAUUAAUCAAGUACCUCACAGAAGACAAAGUGCUAGAAAACCCCCUUGAGGCGAGGAGAUUGAGAGCUCGAGCGGCUUCAUUUACCAUAAUCAAUGGGCAGUUUUACAAGCGAAGUUUCACCAUGCCAUAUCUGAAAUGCAUACGACCCGUCGAAGCCAAGGAGAUACUGAUUGAAGUACAUGCUGGGAUUUGCGGUAACCACCAAGGGGCAACAUCCCUUACCUUUAAGAUUUUACGGCAACGUUACUAUUGGCUGACCAUGAAAGGAGACUCCAAAGAGUUGGUAUGGAAAUGCGAUGCAUGCCAACGCCACGGGAAUUUAAUCCAUGUCCCAGCCGAACAGCAGGCAACCAUCUUUGGGGUGUGCCUAUUUUUCCAGUGGGGAAUGGACAUUUUAGGACCUCUGCCCAAGGCUAAGGGACAGAGAAAGUUUUUGCUGGUCGCCAUUGACUACUUCACUAAGUGGGUGGAGGUAGAGCUAUUGGCAACCAUCAUGACGGCAAAAAUACAAGGAUUUGUAUGGAGAAGUAUAUUAUGCCGGUUCGGGAUACCCAAGGUGGUAGUGACAAAUAACGGCAGACAAUUCGAUAAUCAUAGCUUCAAGACCUUUUGUGCAAGUUAUCAUAUCGAUCAUAGACUGACCCUGGUCGCCACCCUCAAUCAAAUGGGCAAGUCGGGUAAUGAACCGAGUCAUUCUAUGGGAUUUGAAGACCAGACUAGAAAAUGA